UCCUCCCCUCACCUGUACCUGGCUGGGGACAUCACAUGUGCAGCUCCUGGGGACAGCUGAUGGGCAGAGCCAGGGCCCGAUAGAAGCUGCCAUGAGAAGGAUGUUAGCAAGGGUGUGUUUUCUCCUUAGGGUGUGUGGCCUGAGCCCCAGAAGAAGCCACCUGGGGCUGCCAUGAGAGAGACCUUGGAGGCCCUCAGCUCCCUGGGGUGUCUGUGAAUCCCUGCCUACGCCGGAGGUUGUGCUAGACUGUACGUGCACAUGUGUGCUCACAGAGCAUCAGGAUGUUAAAUCCACUGUAUCCUUCCCUCAACUGCGCUUUACUCAACACCAAGGGGCUCAGGCUGACACCUGGCCAGACUGCUGGGAGCCCAGCUGUCCCUUGCCCAUGCUGACUAGGGACCCUCCCUACCUGUGACAGGAUUCUCUGUGGGACAGCCGGAGAUGGCCCCCCAAAGCGAGCCUGGGGAAGGGUCCCAGAAUGUCCAGGAGCAGAUGGGCCCUUCCAGGGAAGACAGAGCGCUGGGCUCCUCUACAUGUUCUGGACACAAGGCCCCCAGCCUGGAGGAAGAUGCCCACCCUGAACAGGCUGAGGCUCCCUGCAGAGGGAGCCAGGCACACACCCCACGGGAGGCUGAGCCUGUGGGCUCCUGCCCAGGAGAGGCGUGGAUGACUCGGAAGGUGAAGGUGGAGGAGGAGGACCAGGAGGCAGAGGCCAAAGUCCAAUGGCCCCAGCAUCUGUCCUUACUGCCCGGCGGCCCCUUUCCCGCACCUGACCUGGGGCCUCUGGCCGCCGCCGCCUACAAGCUGGAGCCGGGCAUCCCGGGGGCCCUGGGCGGGCUUUCGCUGCUGGCCGGGUGGACUCCAGCCUCGGAGAAACCCUACGGCUGCACCGAGUGCGAGCGACGGUUCAGGGACCUGCUGACCCUGGGGCUGCACCAGAGGCUGCACCGCGGCGAGGGCCCGGCCGCCUGCCCGGACUGCGGCCGCAGCUUCACGCAGCGCGCGCACCUGCUGCUGCACCAGCGCAGCCACCGCGGCGAGCGGCCCUUCCCGUGCCCCGAGUGCGGCAAGCGCUUCGGCAAGAAGGCGCACCUCACCCGCCACCUGCGCACGCACACGGGUGAGCGGCCCUACCCGUGCGCCGAGUGCGGCAAGCGCUUCAGCCAGAAGAUCCACCUGGGCUCGCACCAGAAGACGCACACGGGCGAGCGGCCCUUCCCCUGCGCCGAGUGCGGGAAGCGCUUCCGCAAGAAGACGCACCUGGUCCGCCACCAGCGCAUCCACACGGGCGAGCGGCCCUACCGGUGCGCGCGCUGCGCCCGCGGCUUCACGCACAAGCAGCACCUGGCGCGGCACCAGAGGGUGCACGAGGCGGCCCGCCGCGCCCCGCUGGCUCCCGCCGAGGUGCCCGCCUCUCCGGGUUCCCCUCCCGCCCAGACCCGGGCCCCUUCCCCGCCGGGACCCGAGCCUUGCGGGCUAAGCUUCGGCUGGAAGAAGAACCUCGCUGCGCACCACCGUCUGCACGCCGGCGAGGGGCGCCCCUGUGGCUGUGGCGAGGGCGCGCCGGGCGGUGCCGCGGAACCCCCGGCUUGCGCUGCGGAACCCCCGGCCUGCGGGCAUUGCUGCGCCCAGGCGCCCCAGGGCGAUCCCGCCGCCGGCGGAGAGCGGUCCUUUUCCUGCCCGGAUUGCGGACGGGGCUUCGCCCACGGGCAGCACCUGGCGCGGCAUCGGAGGGUGCACACGGGCGAGCGCCCCUUCCCCUGCGCGCAGUGCGGCCGCCGCUUCGGCUCGCGGCCCAACCUGGUGGCCCAUUGCAGGGCCCACAGCGGCGCCCGGCCCUUCGCCUGCGCGCAAUGCGGCCGCCGCUUCAGCCGCAAGUCCCACCUGGGCCGCCACCAGGCGGUGCACACGGGCAGUCGGCCCCAUUCGUGCACCGUCUGCGCCCGCAGCUUCAGCUCCAAGACCAACCUGGCCCGCCACCAGGCCAUCCACACGGGCGCUCGCCCCUUCGCCUGCGCGCAGUGCGGCAAGAGCUUCAGCCGCAAGACGCACCUGGUGCGGCACCAGCGCGUCCACGGCGGCGAGGCGGCCCGCCUGGCCUCCGACGCCGGCCUCCCGGCCCCGGCCUGGCCCACGCCCACCGAGGUGGCAGCACCCCCACUGUUCUUCUGAGCCUCCUGCUUCUUAUCCAGGCCCUUCCGUGGCCUUCUCUUGCUUCCUGGUUGGAGAGACCCAAGUCCAGUCGGGUGAGCACUGUGGCAGGAUGGCCUAGGCCCCUGCGGGCGUUUUUCUUCCCUCCCCAUCUUGCUGGUGAGACGGCUGGAAAGGAGGACCGGCUUUCACAUUCUGUGACAAAGACAGUGCUGAGCGAACCCUUGCUGGGAAUAAUUCCUGCCUGAAUCCUCGGAAGGCCCCACCCAGGGAACCCCUGGAAAACUGGAGUUUUCUCCACCCCUGGCCGAGGCGGGAGCCUCUAUAGGGGGAGAGAGAGAAUGGUGAUCUGAGUACUUGCAGUGUCAUUAAACUUAAAUCUGAAGUUUCUAGAGCUUUUAAAUGAGCUGGGGGAGGGAACCCCUGACUAAUCCGCACACAGAGGAUCUUCCUUCACUCACCCUAGUGAGCUCCACGUAUCCAGCUGCUGGUAAUCGCUCUACCAAAUCAAAAUAUAGCACAGCUAAUUUCCAAACCACUCCCCUGCUUCUACCGUAGCUCAGAAGUUUGACAAGGAAGCAACAGCAUACAUUUCCCAUGCCAGGUGCUGGAGGCUGGGACAUGGGGAAUACACAGAAGGGGCAGGAGCCCUUUGGCCGGGCUGUUCCCAUGGAGACACGUAACCCUGGCCUCUGGAGCUCUGGAACUUCUGCUCUGUCUGCAGCUCUCCAAGGGGCUCUCAGAAAGGCAGUCCCACCUUCCACCCUGCCUGGCCCCAUGAGGAAGGACCUUAAUGGUAUAUGAAAUUUCUUUUCCAUCAUACU